AUGUCGGGGGUAACUCUUGCCGUGGCACCUCGGACGGAUGUAGAUGACCAGACCACAACUUCCACUGCCGAUCCAACGAAACCGCCACCGUCUCGGGUACACCAACACCAACACCAACACCAACACCAAUGGGGAGUGAUGGGGUCGCUGCGGGUGAUAGAGCUACAACUGGUGUGCUUCAUCAUGGUAUUCUCAGCGAGCGGUCUCGUCCCUCUCUUCGACCUCGUCUUCCCAGCUUUUAUAUCGGCUUACCUGUUAGCUCUUUCAAGCUGGGUUUUCCCUUCGCGGCACCACGACGGCCAGGGGAAGAGGACAAUGGUGGGUGAGUCGUCGGAGAUCAUCAAGGGAAGCGGAUUGUUUAGGUUAUACGUGGUGGUGGGGACCACAGUUGGGCUGUUCUUGCCGUUGGCUUACGUCCUUGGUGGGUUCGCCAGAGGAGACGACCAUGCGGUUCGCUCCGCUACACCUCACCUCUUCUUGCUCUCUUUCCAGAUCCUCACUGAGAACAUCAUUAGUGGGUUGUCUCUGUUUUCUCCACCUGUGAGGGCUCUGGUGCCGCUGCUCUAUACGACGAGGAGGAUUUUCGUCAUCAUCGAUUGGAUCUACGACGUUUGGUUCAAUAAGAGACUACCCGCAAAUGCUGAACUUAAGGAUGUGGUAUGGUUUUGGUUCGGGAAGGUUUUGGCGGCGGCGAACUUUGUUUACUUUUCUAUCAACUUGUUUGGGUUUCUGAUCCCAAGGUUUCUUCCAAAGGCAUUCGAGAGUUAUUUCAGGGAAAGAGAUGAGAUCCACUUCAAGAUUGCAGAGGACAAGCGAUCAUCUGCACCCUACAACGUCUCAUCAUAUCAAACUGCUUCCGCAAAGAAAUCCAAUUGA